AUGGGCCUGUCAGACGGACUCGUGGUGUUUCUGUGCAUCCUGAUCGCUGGGAUCGUGGUGGCGGGUGCCGCAGCACUUCAUCGCGUUGUCGCACGCCGCGAGUUCACGGCAGAACUACCCCAGCCCACCAACGAGCAGCAAUCGUACAUGAGGACGGUGCGGUCGAGAAAAUGGCCUAUUACCUGGGUUGAUGAACGUCUGCCGCCAUCAACCGUGACGUCGACCAUCCGCCCUGUCUAUCUCUUGCUGUCUCACAACCUCGACGGUGAAGGCGUCUUCAGAUCCUCUGGAGCUACCUACUCUGGUUACACCGUCGCGGCGUAUGGCUAA